AAAAAAAAAAAAAAAAAAAACACCGCAAAGAUGGUCUUCCGAUUCGCCAAAACCAUCGACCCCAUAACCCUCUUCCACAAGCCCUCCCUACCCAGCUCCGCGCGGACCCUAAACAUCCUGAAACAAGCCUCCGCGGCCGCCGAAUCCGGGUCCCUACCAUCCAGCACGCGGGGAGAGUUCCAGCUCGAGAUCACGACGGCCCCGCCGACGACCGACCAGCUGCGCAACAUCCUCGACUAUGUGACGGCGAACCCGGCGGGCGCGGGCGCGAACAAGAAGCAGUAUGCGAUUGAGGAGGUGGUUCGGGGGGCGAGGGACGCGGAGGAGGCGGUGAAACGGUUUAAGGAGGAUCCCGAGGGGAGUUUUGUGAGGCCCGUGACGGUCGAUUGGACGAAUGGGCAGGCGGUGGUUGGGGAUAAUGAGUCGGAGAUUCUCAGGAUGGUGCAUCAGUUGGAUGUGGAUUAAAUAUCUCCCAUUCAUUUACAUUCAGGUGAAGACUCAGUGAUUGACUGUAUUAUCAGAUCUCUACGAUACCAUCUAUGUAUCUUAUCUUACAAGCAAUACUCUCAACUCCAGACCAUGAAACCCUCCCCUCGGUGAUAAUGCAUACAAGUCUGAUGGCGGAUCCAUGAACAUUAAACACAUACUUCGCUCAUGUCAAUUCAAACAUAAAGUCAAUCAAAGUCAAUGCGAGAUCCAGCUCG